AUGUCGGGGGCGAACACACCGCACAGCUACUCGGAGCGGUCUUCGUCCCGCUCGCGUGCCCAGGGAGCGCCAGACCGCGCCAACACUGGACCCUCCGCUCCUCCCAUCCCGACCUCGUACCCUCCCGCAUCCACCGCAGCUCCGUCGCGCGCGUACGCACCGGGAUUGCAGUCGACUGAGACGACGCCACUCGCUUACGACACGUCACCCAACCUCGGUUCGUCGCAAACCGCCUCAGCCUUCACCGCACACGACUUUGCACGCUCGCAGCAGCAGCAGGCCCAGUCGACUGCCGAGGAGCCGUACACGGCUAUUUCACUCGGUGACCCGUCGCAACCGAGCGGCGGCGGCUUCGAUCCUGUCGAGCACUAUGGGCCCCUCACGACCGGCGACGACGAGACAGGCGACUUGAGCAACUCGCUCCCUCGCACUUCUCUCUCGACGCACAACUCGCGCACCCAGCUUCGCGCAGCCGCAGCAGGUGGAGCGUACCUCCCCACCGGCUCGCACAUGGACGCCGUCGACGAGUCUUCGCGCGGGGCUUCGCACGUCGAACUCGAGACGCACGUCGACUCGAGGCCUGUCCACCCCGGCCCGAGCGUCAAGCUGCCGCAGUCUGACCGUGCAGAGAAGAUGUACGGUUCGGGCAUGAACGAGAAAGGCGGGACGUCGGCGCCCGGAAGCGGGUACAGCACACCUCGCUCGCGGUCGGCCGAGCGUUCGCGCGGCGGUGGACUUGGACAAUGGAGCGGUCCUGCGGGUGGGAACUCGCCGUACGGCCGACUCGGCGACAGUGGGCCCGGGACGGGCGCGCAGACGCCGAACGGAGGCUGGUCCGCCGCGAGUUCGAACCCGAACGUCCAGUUCGCCGAUGGAGACUUUAUCCGCCCGACGAACUGGUUCUCGAGAAUGGUCUUUGCGAUCUACAACUCGCACUACAUCGUUCGUUGGACGAUCUACAUCCUUCCCGUCCUCGCGAUCCUCUGGAUUCCCGCCAUCGUCCAGUGGUCCUCGAAGCACGGCGCGACGAUCUGGACUGUCGAACUCGUCUGGUGGUCCAUCUGGCUCACCGUCGUCUGGACUGGCUACUGGGGCGCCAUGCUCGUCGGACGCCUCGGCCCUACGCUCCUCAACAAGACGCUCGGUGUGGUCGCGCCCGAGCUGCGCCACUACAUCGCCUACGUCAAGGCGAUCCGGUUUUACGCGAGCUUGGCGGGAUGGGCGCUGGCGAAUUGGAUCUCGUUCCUCCCGCUCAUCCGGCGCCACGAACAGGCAAACAAGUCGGACAACACGCUCUACUUGAUCACCCAAGGCCUCUUCGGCAUCUUCAUCAUCCUCGUCAUCCUCCUCAUCGAGAAGCUCAUCAUCCAGGUCAUCGCGCACAACUUCCACAAGCGCUCGUACGAGGACCGCAUCAUCGAGCAGAAGUUCCAGAUUGGCGCGCUUGUCAACCUUUACCUCAACUCGCGCGACAUCGGCAGGUCCGACACGCUCGACGGUGCCUUCAAGCGUCCACGCAACAAGCGCCAAGUCUCCGACCCGACCUUGCUCAUCAAGAAAGCGCUCAAAGGCGCUCAGAAAGCCGCCCAAACGGCCACGACGAUGAUCGGCACCGUCGCGUCCGAAAUCGCGGGCGAACGAGUUCUCCAGCCCAACUCGCCCCCUUCGAUGGUCACUUCUGCGCUGCAGUCGACGAACAAGACGAGGCAGCUUGCGAGGAGGAUUUACUACUCGUUCACGCCCCAGUACCGCGAAGGGAUGGUCAUUACCGAUAUCGAGCGGUGCUUCCCGAACCGCGAGGAGGCAGAGAGGGCAUUCGCCAUCUUUGACCGCGACUUGAAUGGCGACGCCACCCUCGACGAAGUCGAGAUGGCCUGCCUCGAUAUCCACCGCGAGCGCCUCGCGCUCGGCAGGAGCAUGCGCGAUAUCGACUCGGCCGUAGGCAGGCUUGACAAUAUCAUCAUGUCGAUUUGGUAUGUUGUCGCGAUCCUGAUCAUGGUCGGAUUGCUCGAUGCGUCGUUCCAGACGAUGAUUGCUGGAGCCGGCACCUUCAUCCUCGGUCUUUCGUGGCUGAUCGGUACGACGGCUCAAGAGAUCCUCGCCUCGGUCAUCUUCCUCUUCAUCAAGCACCCGUACGACGUCGGCGACCGCGUCUCGAUCGACGCCGUCGACUAUAUCGUCCUCGAGAUGCACCUCUUGUCGACCGUGUUCAAAAAGAUCGAUGGGACCGUCACGCAGGCGCCGCAUUCGUUGCUCAACACCAAGUUUGUCAUGAACUACCGCCGCUCCAACUCGAUCUCGGAGACGUUCACUUUCGACGUCGACUUUGGCACGUCGUUCGAGAAGAUCGAAGCGCUCCGCGCGCGCAUGCUCGAGUUCCUCCAGCAAGAGCGCCGCGACUUUGUCCCGACCAUCGACAUCACCGUCCAAGACUUUGCCGCCCAAGGCAAGCUCUCGCUCUCGGCUCCGAUCAACUACAAGGGCAACUGGCAGAACGGCGCUCUCAAGGUCCAGCGCCGGAACAAGUGGGUCUGCGCGCUCAAGGUCGCUCUCGCCGAGUUGCAGAUCUUCGGACCGGCUGGCGCGGGAGACCCUGCGCCUGCUCCGCCCGACCCGACGCCUUACACCGAGGUGCCGUGGGACGAGGUCAAGGCUGCGCGGGAGAAGGCUGCGGCCGAGGCGGCGGCGCAGGCUGGAUCGACGACGCAGGACGUGCACCUCCACCAUGCGGCGGAGUUUGGAGAGCACCUCAUCUCGGAUGAUGAUGUGAGGCAGGAGGAGGCGGGCGACGGGAUCAGGUACAGGCGGCACAUGUGA